GUUCGGAGGUGAGGAAGCAGCCGCAGGUUGGGAUGAGCCGUCGGGACGUCUGGUGAGAGGGUAGACGGCGGGCGGAGGUCCCGGCAUGAGAACGGGCAGCCAGCAUGUCCGGCGGAGAGAGAGACUCGGAGGUGGAAGAAGCAGGACAAGUUUUCCUGCUUAUGAAGAAGGAAUAUCGGAUUUCCCGGAAUGUGCGAUUAGCUUGGUUUCUUAGCAAGCUCAAUCAAAAUAUUCGACCAAUGUCUCAGUCAGAGCUCCUCAGCUCCAAGAAUGAACUAGAUGUUUUCAGUGUCCUACCAAAGGGCUGGCAGCAGGGUGAACCUGUUACUGCUCACACUUACCAGUUAGUACCCUCAACCCAUAUUACCUUUCUUGCUCAGCGAUAUCGUUUUGUUAUUGAAUUGGAUCUUAGUCCAUCCACGGGGAUUGUGGAUGAUUCCACUGGUGAGCUGAUUUUUGAUGAAGUAUUUCAUGCACUCUCAAGGUGUUUGGUGGAAUUGUUGCGACCAUUUAAGGUCCCAGGUACAGACAUAUUGUUUCAGCCAGAGAUCUUCAUUACGAUCCUUGCUUAUUCUUCCAUCAUAGGACUUCAAACUCACCAGGUUCUGGUUCAAGGCUGUCUGUUGGAUCAAGCCAAUUUAGAAACUUUCCACCAGAAUAUCUAUCAGCAAUUGCGUGCAUUUGAAAACAAUGUAGCUGAAGUUCUUCAACAACAUUAUAAACCCAAAGCACAGUCUGAUCGGUCGACUUUAUCCCAAGGUGAUACUGCUGAUGUUUUUUAUGAUCAGUCUUCACGGAAGCUGGCUUUUUCCAUGGUAACAUCUGAUAUGGGGCUUGUAAACAUGAUCCGCAAUGGCAUUCUUGCACUUCAGUUACUGCCAUCCAACUCUAGUGCAGGUAUAAUAAUUAUUACUGACGGUGUAACAAGUGUACCCGAUAUUGGAGUAUGUGAAACAUUGUUAAACCAACUACGCUGUGGCAUGAUUGCCUGUUCCUUUAUACAGGUUGGAGGUGUGUACUCCUAUGACUGCAGCUUUGGUUAUGUUCCAAACUUGGAGCUAAUGAAGUUCAUUGCCAUGGCAACAUUUGGCUCUUACAUGUCCACGUGCCCAGAAAUUACUGAAAGCAACUUGAACAUGAAUGCAUAUCACAAAGCGUUCCUAUUGUACAGCUUCAUGAGACCUGGAGAGUCCAUGAACCCAGAGUAUUACUGUGUGUCUCAGCACAAAUUGUUCAAUGAACAUCUAGUGUCUGCCAGCAGUAAUCCUGCACUGGCCAUGAGACGAAAGAAGCAUGCUGAGAAUGAGGUGCACGCAGACCUUACCAGUGUGGUUUCUGUAAGACUGCGGGAGGGCUACACCGUGAAGGAACUUAAUAUCACUAAAGCUGGAACUCAGUUAGAAGUCAAACUGGUGCUUCUUUGGAAACACAACAUGAGAAUUGAAUACCUGGUGGUAGCCUCAUGGCCCCUUGAUGUAACCAAGCGUUUGACCUGGGUGGAGGUAACAAUGGAGGGCAGCUAUGAUAUGCUUCAUGACAUUAGUUGUACCAUGAGGAAACCCAUAACUAGCCCAUAUCGCACCACAGUUAUCCGUCGUUUCUGGACCACUUUGCAGAGUAUUAACCAGACGGAUCAGAUGCUGGUGCAUCUCAAAUCUUUCAACACUAUUCCUGAACACUACACCAUCCCAGAAAGCACCAAGAAUGGGGUUCCAUUGUUCUAUAUUCCUCCAGGAUCUACCACACCGGUACUCUCACUGCAGCAUAGUGGUGCUAAGGACUCCAGUCAAUCCCAGUUUGCCUCAUAUUGGAAGCCUAUAUUAUCUAUGGAUGCCAGUUUCUGGCAGCGAUGGCUUCACAUGCAUCGCAUUGGCAUAUUGCUGGAACAUGAUAUCCCAGUGCCAAAGCACAUCCAUACUCCUGGGAGUAAUGGCCGCUACAGUACCAUCCAGUGCCGCAUUUCUCUUUCAGCACUAACUUCCCUUCUACGGGACUGGAGUAGUUUUGUGCUGGUAGAAGGAUAUUCGUAUGUUAAGCUCCACUACAAUGGAGCAGAUCAGCCUCCUUCUUCCUUUUACCUUGUACGGGUUAUUUCCAAGGCUCCAUGCAUGGUGCUUCGUCUGGGAUUUCCUAUUGGAAUGCAAGCACAAGCUAGGAAUAAGAUUGUGAAUGAGCUGCAAGAUCAAAUACUGUCAUUGCGAUUUCCCCAGCGGGUGCAGAGCAAAGAAGCAACGCCAAAAAUCAAGAGAAAACUGCUGGGAAAUGCCUCUCCUUCAAAAUCUCCUCCACUUCCUGCCACCCAGCUGGCGCUUUCUGAUCGACCUUGUGUUGUAAUAUUGAAGAAACCACUGGAAAAGCUACUCAUUAGGUAUGAGAAGCUUCCAUCAGACUAUCGAACUCCCUUUAUCCUGAACCUGGAUAACUGUGGACAUCCUGCCUCAAUGUCAGGAGGAGCAACGAUGACAACCAAUCGCACAGCUUCAUCCACGCUGGCCUCUCUUUCUCGUUACUUCUAUCAUCAGCGCUGGGUGUGGUCUAUGCAGCCUGCUGUGGGGCCAUCGCUACCCAUCAUUUCAGCAGCACAGAUACUUUCUACUCUCACUGAGAUUCGUUUGUCUGAAGGCUUCCAUUUUGCUGCUACUGGAGAUGGUAUUGUCACCAUGGUGAUUGAAUUACCUAUGAAGGGCAGUUCAAGAUGUGAAGAUGAUGAUGAUGAGCUCCACACGUGCCUAGUCCAGUACAUCAUCUUUCCACCUCACUCUACUUCAACUAAAGACAGUUUUUCCACAGAUGACGAUAAUGACACAGAGGUUGAGGCAAUUGAACUUGACACAGAGUUAAAUUUGGUGACUGAAUGCUGGGUGGAACCUCAGAGUGGCUACGUGGUCACUUCUGCCGAUAGCCGGAAGUACUUAAAUGGAUUGUCUUACUUAGAUGUUCCAAAAGCGAUUUACCCACAAGACCAUGCAUGUGUAUCAUCCUUGUUGACUUUUGAACAUCUAAGUCAACUUUGUCAGAAUAAAGAAUACAUCUUGCCAAUGUGGGGGUCAAGGAACACAGAAGGUGACAAUGAUGGAGAGAAUGAUUUCAUCCGAACAAUACCAUUUCAGUUUGAUCUGAUGAAGCUUUUGCCAAAAUGCCAACAAAUAGAGUUACUUUUUCACACCUUAACUCAAGGGGAGGAUGAUGGAAGUACAAAGGAAACAGCUUCUUUGCCCAAUGAGAUUCUGUUGAAUCUUUUCCAUAGUUGUUUGCAAGAGACUCUCAGUGACCGGGAAUUGCCAUUGGCUGACUCUGAUCAUGCAACUUUUAUGCAGCAAAUUGUGCAGCGGGAUCGAAAUGGUCAUUCCAUUCCUUUCACUCUACCAGCUGUAAAAGAAGAACCACUGAAAGUGUCCAAAAUGUUGGAGAGGCAAGACACCAUGAUGUCAUUGCAUGCCCUAGGGAGUAACAAAGAGGUCAUGGGCUCAACCAGCACCUUACAGAGUGUUGGAAAUGCUGAUAUGACUGAAGACAAUGUAAUUCCAGUUGAAAGUGAGAGCAUUCCUCAGUGGAGAUGUUACACCAGAUUUGUGAAUUCGCAGCAAAUUCUGCUCACCUUUUUGCCAGCCACCUUUGCUGAUAUGCAGCAACUAAUGGCCCCUGAGAUUGAUGAGAGUACAAAAAUUGCUGGAGUAGGAAAUGAAGAAUUGCUACAAGUUGAAAUGAAGGAGUCAGCUUUGAGUGAGCACUUGAGAGGACUUAGUGCGACCUCAGCAAUAAAGAAACCUGAAGUGGGUAGUAUUGGAGGACUUGACAGUGAAGCUGACCAAGUAGCCAUGAGUAUUUCAAAGAAUAAUAGCAUCAAGAUAGACUCUAUGCCCCCAGGACAAGAAAACCAGUCUGCUCAGCCUACAUCACACCCUUCUCCAGUCUCAGCAACAAGCAAUGAAAUGUCAUUAUUUGAUUUGGAAAAGGAGAAAGUACAGCCUGAUACAGAUACUGACUGUGCGUCUUCAGAAAUGGUAAAGGAACGAGUGGAGUUCAGUUUACCUCCAAAGAAAGACUUUCACAUCACAUUUAGCAGACAGUCCUCUCGGAUUGACUCCAGUGAUCCAAACCGUCUUCGAUGUCCCAUCUAUGUAUACAACUGCUCACUAGAUUCAUUGAAAGAGCAACUUGUGAAUUCUUGCACAGAGCGGUCAAACCGGGACAUUUAUAUCAGGUCGCUGUCACAGGAGAAGUCAGCAGGCUUAUCGUUGGCGGAUCCAGUAUUCCAAUUCCACAGGAACAAAGAGCUCGCCAACUAUUGCAACUUAUUGCAAGAGCACUAUCAUCAAUGUUAUGUAAAAGGUGUAUUUAGGAGCUUACAACAAUCCUAUUACAUCAGCUCUCAGGAUCUACUUACGGCUACAGAUUAUUGUGAGGAGCUGUUACAGGAAAUCGAUAUCACCACUUUUCUGCAGACACUGUGCGGACACGUCCGAUCAUUUCGUGAAAGUCAUGACCUGCAGCUUUGGAGUGAUCGUGAAUCUAAUCCUACAAAGUUUGUGAUUGGAGGAACUAGUGCUGAGGAUGAGAGGGUGCAGAGGGGUGUUCUUGCUUCCACUUCAAGCAUAGAAGCAGAAGAUUUCGGUGAACAAGAUUUGAGGAGUGUACAGUCCAGUGUCACAUCUCCUGUGACACAAGAAGAAACCAAAAUGAAGAAGGUCUACCCAGAAUUCUCCCUCUCCCUUCUUCAAUCCAGCCAGCAGUGUGAGGUCUACCCCAACUUGCACAAAAUCAUUCGGGACAGAUUCCUUGAGAUUGGACGGCAACAUUUCAAGACAGUGCCUUCAAACCCUUAUUACUUCUUUUACUGUUCUCCCACAGCCAAGAAAGAGGCAAAAAAUUAUCAGGAUGAAAGACAACGAAAACAAAGUGAAGAUAAUGAUCUUUCUGAGUUGGAGAUGGCAGGGGAGGAAGGGAAUACAUCUGGAUGCUGUGUAGUGACAGAGAGUGAUCCAGAUUUGGAGGUCGAAUAUAGGGAAAAAUCUGACAAGGAAUUACAGGAUGCUGAUUCGCUCUCGGAUACCAAUACAGUGAACAGAGACGAUGAUUCCUUCAGUGUUCUUGGGGGAGAUUCUUUGAAUGAGCAAGACUUUCCUGAUCAGGAGAUGCCACCAUUAUUUGUUCACCUUACUUGUUCCCUUGGUGGAAAAAAGUGCCACGGGCCAUUCUCAGUGGAGUCCAUACCAGUGGAGUCAUUGCCCACUUGCCUUGGUGAAAUUAUCAGCUGCUUGGAGAAUUUUCCAGUCAAAUCGAUUGAUCUAGAUGAUCUAGUUGUCACCCUGGAUAUUUUUGUGCUGACUCUUCCUUUAGAAAUUGAGAUUAUCCCUGUUGAUAUGAACCACCACAGGUACACAUCUGAAAGCAGCAGUUCCAUGAACCGAUCACCAGGACAACCAUCAUCAUAUCGAUCUGAUGAAGAGUUAAUGCAAAGCAUAGAUCGACUUGCCUCUACCACAGAUGAGAGGAUUGCAGAAGCUUUGUGUGAUCCACUUUCCAAGCUGCCGCCAUUGCACAAGCAAGCCGUCCUUGCUACAAUGGAUGAGAUUCAUUGGCUUCUAGAAGAUGAAAUUGUUUCAGCACUACGCCAUUCAACAAAUAUUACCUUAGCUACCCUACAGAAAGUAUCGGAUCAUGUGUCCAGGUCAAAGGGCAGGCCGCGAUGUCACAGUGAAGUGGUUCCUUUACAGUUUGUUUUUGGUCCGGAGCAAUCACUGGAGAAGUUUAAGGAGGAAUUUAAGCACAUGAAUCUUCCAGGGUACCUCCUUAAUGAGGAAGCAAACAACUUUUAUUAUCUAUCUGUGAGUCGCCUGCGUGUGCAGAGGGUAGACACAAGACAGAAACUUUCCCCAGAACCCCAACAGCAAAGUCUGGAGAGUGAGUGUGCAGCUGCGGCAAUGGCAUGUGAUGAGAGUGCAGAUGCCGAGGUAGCCCUGAUCUGCCAUCAACAGCAGGAAGGUUGGACUAAGCAAAUGGAAGAAGCCAGAGCAUUGUCUGUGAUUGAGGGAGAGAAGAAUGAAGAGAAGUCACAGAUCUCGCUAGACGAAAGCAAAUUAAUAUCUGAGAGAACGGUAAUAGCAGCAGCAAUUGAUGGAGCAUGUCUCGCAUCAGCUGAACAACUGGAGGAGAACAUGGAGGGGAAGACCUGUCUCUCUGCCACACAGCCUGACCAACAGGAUCAAGGAUUUACAGUGAUCAAGUCUGAGGGAAUCCUCACUAGCCCACCCCUCCUGCAGUCAAGUCCAGGGCCUGAGAAAACUCAGGUGACAAAUCCACCAUCGCAGACAUCUUCUGCUGUGAGUCUUGCUGAAUCUGUGCAGUCCAUUACACCUGGCAGUACAGGUUAUUGCAAGCAUAGACCAAGCAGAGUACAGAGUGUGGUCUCUAGUCAGGGCAGCUUGGAUUCUGAUCUUUUAGGUUACGAUGGAGGUAGCAGUGACUCUGAGUGUGAAGGUGCCACAAUGAAUGAGCAGGACCCCAGAUGCCCAUUGAUGCCUGAAUUUUGGUUGAUCAUCCAAAUUCAUCAAGAUCGAGUUGAAGUUUAUUCUCAUACCCGAAAUCUUAUUGGGAUAAAAGAUGACUCCACAGCUGAAAAAGAAGAAGAACUCGAGUAUUUGCACCUCCAUCGAACAGUAGUUAAAAAAAUUGGCGAGAUUUGUCGUGUAGUCAAUCAGCGUUUGCUGCUUCAAGAUCUACAUGAUAGUCAUGUAUGCAAUUCAUUGCUUGUGGCUGAGAGUGAAGAAGAUAUUUGGAAGAACGAAACCCCCUAUGCUUCAUAUCGCCCGCGGAUUAUUGCCAGUGAUGACUAUUCAGCAGAUGAUAUUUACCAAUCAAGGGAUUACUUGGCUGCCACAAUGCAGUUUAUGCCAGGCCAUUUUGCAUGCGAAGUGGUGUGGAAGACCAUCAUACAUAUUCAUCCUCGACUGAAGAUGGGACCCAACAUGGGUGUUGCAAGAGCUAUUCAGGCCCUGCGAUCUGUUCUAAAUGCUUUCUCAGUUGUGAACAGGAAAAACAUGUUUGUGUACCAAGAAAGGUCGACAAAGUCUGUGUUUUAUCUCAGGCUAUCUGAAACAAUAUGCAGUGGAAAUACACCGGAUUCAGAUAGAGAGUGUCAGUCCAUGCUUUCUUCUCGUUCAUUGGCUUUAACACGCAGCCAGGAACCAAUUCUUGUAGAUGAACUUGGGAAUUCCAAACCCUCUGAUCCCACACCCUGCCGAAGUGCAGAGUCUUCGCGACCUAUUGGCCAAGUCGAUAAGCACAUUCUGCUAAUGGUACAUGGUGUAGGACAAGCAGGGCCUGAAAUCACAGAUGAAUUGGUAAAGGUCCUGAGAAGACGGUUGGAUGAGGCAACACUUGAUAUCAUUACCGUCAUGCUGGUCAGGAACUGCAAACUAACUCCUGCUGAUGUCGAGUUUAUACAGCCUCCUGGCACAGCUCCAACAGAAGUGGUGCAGUUCACAAUCUCUCAUAGGUGUCUACCUUGGCUUUAUGCUGUUGUACAUUACCUGCGUCAGAACCUGCUGAUUUUCCUUCAUACACCAAAGUACACAGACAGUAAUGUGGAACAUCAUUUCCAGCAUUACACUCAUGGAAAAAAUGUAUCCGAUGCUGACAUCUACCUCUACAAUAAGCCUGGUGGUCAAGGAACUGGUGGGAAAGGUACCAUGGUGGAACUUGUGCAGCAUCUAUUUCCACCCUCCCAGUUCCAAGGCAUUGCCUGCAUUGCUUUGUCCAUUGUGGAUCAUCAAGGAAACUCUGUGUUGACAACGCAACAAGCGGAGCAAACAGACCCAUCAAAACUGUUCUUUGGCAUGGAUCUCAUUCAGGAAGCAGACUUCAACAAAUUGACAAAGGUCUUCAGAUACGAGAGCAACCCUGAAGGGAAAGUGUCAGAGCCAAACACACUUGUACGUUUUGACAUCUGGGAACAGGGCAACAUUAGUCUACUGCAACUUACUGAAAAGCUUCAGAAUGGCCUCCGUCAUGCUCUUUGUGAUGUUGUUAUGGAGUUUCGAAUGCUUCAGUGUCCUCUUUGUGUGGAGUCCUACUAUCCAGUCAUGGUGACACCAGAGAGUGACAUCAGAAAUGGUCAACUCAGCAAGUCUGGGUCUGAGAUUAAGGAAGCAAUCAACCUUUCUGGCAGUGCAACUGGAAGUAAAAACAGUCCUGUGUCUGUGCAAAUUGCACCUAUCCAAGCAUCCAGCACAUGUAACCCAGAAUCUACCACUCCCACUAGCAAGACAGGCCGGCGCAGUUUUUGGGAUAUGCUGAGCAAGACUGAUUUCUCGGACACUGGUACUCCAAAGACCACAGAUGACAUAGUUCUAGAAAGGACCAAUGACAGUCACACUCGCAGGAGGCACAAAACGGAACAUUUGAAGCAGUCCUCCAGUCACGAGCGAACAUCGACAGUGGAACUGGAGCAAACACAGAGGCAGGCGGUUUCAAGAAGGAAACGGACCAGCCAGCUGGAGGAAGGAGAUCUGGGUUCUCUGCAUCAGCUUUUCCAUGUCACCUGUCAGCAAUGGAUGGCAUUCAUGGGUAGAAUGGGAUGUCCGUCAGUACAGCAGUGCUCUGUUAAUAUUGGCUCCCGGUUUCUACUGAGCUCCAUUCUCACUGAGAUUGUGAAUUUGGUUAGCAGCCUUGCCACAGAUACAACAGUUAAGAUCUUUGAGAAAAUUAGUUCUCCACAUGGUUCCACUUUCCUGCCAUAUUCGCUUAGUCAGCAUUCUAGUACUCGUCCUGGUGCAGCUAGACAGUUCAUUCUGAUUGGACGGAAUUUCCACCAAUGGCGUUGCAGUACUGAACAAGUUGACUGUGAUGGUGAUGAGAGCAGACCUUUGGUAAAUAGUAUCAAACCUCACAAAGGAUUUCAGAGGUUUGAGGCCGUGGAGUUCAGCACUACGGAGAAAUCAGGUGAUCCUUCAAGUCCAGGAAUUAGUGCAAGGGGUAUGGUUCCCCGGCAGCGAUUUCUCAUAAUUGACAUCAUUGACAAAAAGCUGAUUUUGUAUACCUAUAAUUGGUCUGUGGAUCUGGGAGUGUCAUUGAGUCGAGAAUUGGUUCGUCUUAUCCAGUGGCAGAAUGCACGCUCUCAUGUGGUGCAUUGUCUCCUCAGUCAAAAGAUGGGGCUCUUCCAUCACUACUGUUUUGCUGAUACACCAGUAUACGAUGAAUCCAAACAGGAAGCAAAUCCAUUCCUUCAUUCCACAUUGGAAGCUGAUUCGCUAAUCAAGAGCCCAACUCCCCCACCAAGUAAGGAACAAGGACGGCUGAGCUCAACAAACAGGAGUCUUCCAGCUCUUCACUUCCCACCAGAGAUUGUCCCAUUUGAUGAAGCACUGCGUGACAUCACGGUGCCUAAAGCAAUGAGGCAGUUGCAUGAUGCUGGGCUGUCUGACCCAGUGUCCCGCCAUGGCACACAGUUCCUGGAAAUCAAAAACCUGGAGCGGAGAGAAAUGGAGAAACAAAUGAAAAUUGAGAACCUAUUUGUGACGUGGCAGCAACGUUCUGCGCAGUCAAACAUGCCCAUCACUGUGGGUGAUCUGGACACGCUGAAACAGUCUUCUCGACUUGUUCACUACUGUGCCACGCCCUUGUUGUUUGAUCCCAUUUUCAGGCACCAAAUCCAGGCAGAGCAGCAGGUUGGAUCUGAGGGAAAGAAGCGGCAUCGUUCGAGUGACUCCACAGCAUCAGGGAGAGACCGAAGCCACAGCUGUGAUUCUGUGGAAACAAUGCCUUUCAAGCUGAAGGAAGAGCAGUGGCUGGGCGAGAUUUCCAAUGCAUUCAUGCAGCAGUAUAUUCAAUAUCUACAGAGCAUGGGCUUUAUCCUCGUGCAGGUCCGCCCACCUUCUCCUACAAGAAAUUUGGGACGGACACGGCCAGUGGAUUCGAGAUCUGUAACUUCUUUCCACAAGCAGAAAAGUGAUGAUAGUCCAAAGAGCAUGGAUGGCUCCAGUGUAAUAACCUAUCAUCUUCAAAGGGCUCUUCCAGGUGGAAUAGUGCUCAUGGAACUUGCUUUCCAGGGCUGUUACUUCUGUGUGAAACAAUAUGCCCUUGAAUGCUCCCGGAUUCCAAUGGGACAGUCUGUCAACUCCCAGGGCUCUCUAGUGUCCAAAGCUCGCAUCAAGUGCCUUGCCGAAGUGAGUUCGGUCUCAGAGUCAGCGCUUUCAAUGUUGUUCACAGAGGAGUGUGACAAGGUGCGGGAUCUAAUGCACGUUCACUCCUUCAGUUAUGAUUUCCACCUGCGGAUCAUUCACCAAUAUCUGGUUGGCCGUCAGAUGACUCUGAGACAGGGGUACCACCUCACUAGCUUCCUAGAAGAUUUUAUCUGUCACCAUCCAGAUAUUCCAAAAUAUGGAAGAAAUCACAUCUUUGAAGGGACUAUAGCCCUCUCCACAAACAUGACAACAGCUCAUCAACUCUAUAACUAUAUCACUGAUCAUGCCAGUACAUAUGGAAUGAAACCACUCCGCAUGUCAAGAACAACAAUGAGUAUGGAUGGUAGAAAGGGGACCCAGAAUACAGAACUGCAUGAAUAUGCAUUAGUGGCCCUCUGGAAUAGAUCUGGAUCGUACAAAGAUUCUGAAGGAAUCCGACAUCACGAUGAGUUUGACGUAUCCCUGUUAGUGUGCCAUAGUGCAGGACCUUUUGAAGAACAGCCAGAAACAGAACGCAACAUGCUACGGUUACGUUUCUACGUGAUAAUGACAAGCUGCAGGGAACUCUUCCCAAGGUUAACUGCUGACAUGCGACGUUUUAAGAAAUUGCCUAGAACUCGUAGGGAUUCUUUGGACUUUGCUAGAGAUUCCCCAUUGUUGGAAAAAUCUGAUCCGGAACGGAGGGAGUUGGAUCCAGAUGGGUGGGAUGAGACAAGCGAUUCCAGUGAGUUUUACUCCCAUGGGAAACAAUUGAAGAUGGCUCCAGAGCUGUUCUACUCCUCCCCACUCUUCCCUUUACUGACAUCUGAGGUAGCAAGCGCUCAAGAACAGAUUGCAGUGAUGGUUCAACAAGCAAAGUCCCAUUGUCGUCGUGAUGUUCUCUGGCAGCGUCUCUUUCUGGGAGAGCAUCUAUCUUCGGACAAACACAAAAUGAGCAAGCUGUCCUUCGCUGAGCUGGAAGAGUUACUUGGUGCUGUGUAUAGCAAAUCCAUUUCUGAGAUUGACCCACAGCUGGAUUGCUUCCUAUCGAUGAGCACCAGCUGGUAUCAGAGUUUGAUCAAGGUUUUGUUAAACCGUUUCUCUCAGAGUUGUCGACACUUUGUAGAUGCAGAAAGAGGAAUCCAAUAUUUGGCGGUGUUGAAUCAGAAAUUUAUCGACUGUUUUGUGCUCAUCUUCCUUGAUUCACAGUCUGCAAAGACGAAUCUGAAGGUUGUAUUCAGAGAGCCGCUUCCUGCCCAGCCACAGAACAGCGAGAGCCCCCUACCUCAGCUUGUAUCCAUGUACUACCACCUGGAGUCUGUUAUCAACACUGCUUGUUUCAACCUAUGGACUGGUAUACUCCAGUAACAGACUGCAAGUCCAUCUGCUCUGACUUUUAGAGAGGUCUGCUUCACAAUAUAAAGUUCCACGUUCACACUGUUGCUACUCCAUUCUUUUCAUCCAUGUUUCAUUCAUUUUGAACUUCAGUGAUUUUAGGGAAUCCUUAAAGGGAUUUGUAGGCACCUUACAACUGUGAGCCUACUCGAUGUUUCUGUUUAUUAAUUUAUUUUUAUUCACUAAAUUUAUAGCUUAUAAUAAUUAAUUUAUGCUUAUUCAUAUUUGUUUGGAGUUUCCUUUGGAAACCUUUGUUCCCCUUCCUUCAUCUUGUUCAUUUCAUAUAUGUACAAUGGCAGCUCAGGAAGGUUGAACAGCCAGAGAUUUUCUGGAAGCAUUGCUCAGACAGCAAGACAACACUGUGGCUUUAGGGCAAACUACAUGAAAGGUCUUACCCUCUCCCGUCAAUGUGAUGAACUGACAAAACUCAUCAGUGUUGUGGACAGAUUUGAGCAACGAAGUACAUUGAGAAUGUGUAUCUGAGACUGCCAAAUUGUAAAGCAAAUGCCUAGGCUGUUAAACCUGAACCUUUUAAAGAUUUAGUUUUAUUAGUGCCUGCAUUAUCUCAACUAUACAUGCACUGGAAACCAAUUGAAUAUAUUUUUCGUGAGAUGCACAGGUAUCAAUCAUUUUAAAAUUCAGGCUUAUUUUCACAUUAAAAAAAAAUCAAAAUCCUCAUUUCUUUGGAAUUACUUUUUUUCUGCACCAGAGACACCAUUCUCAUACGUGUUCUGGCAGAGGUGUUGCAUUGAUCAUGACUUCCUGACUACUCCUACCGUGGAAUAAAGGUGCUGGUGCAUUUUGGAAUGUAAGCUUGGAGUAUUUAGGUGGUUUUAAAGCACAUUCCUUUGUAGAAUUUCAACAGUCAACUACACUUAGUUGCAGCUGCACAAUGUCUCCUUGCUUAGAGAUGAUUAAUUGUAAGUGAAAAUAUUUGAUGUAUAUUAUGUAUAUAGUGAA